AUGACUAUCAUGAACCCCUGGGAAGAGAGCGCGCUGCAGUAUCGAUACCAAGAUGAUAGCAACGCAUUUACGACAGUACCGGCCAGCAUCGGAAUGGACUCAAAGGAUACCGUACACGACGGUAUAAUUUACCCCGGACUCUAUGCUCCGAGCGGGUUUGACAUGAUGAGCAUUCUCGUACGAGUCAUGGCCAGACCGAACCCCGUCGUCGAGCUCGGUCCCAUCGACGCCUCCUGCGCGCUCAUCAUGUGCGACCUCUACCAGGAGGACUACCCGAUAGUCUACGCCUCGGACCCGUUCACCGAGCUGACGGGCUACUCGCGCUCGGAGGUUACCGGGCUGAACUGCCGGUUCCUCCAGGCACCGGGCGGACGGGUCGCCAAGCAGUCGGCGCGCAAGCACGUGGGCAAGGAGCUGCUGAAGAAGAUGCGGCGCGCCGUCGAGAGGAACGAGGAGGUCGCCGUCGAGGUCGUCAACUUCAAGAAGAACGGCACCCGGUUCGUCAACGUGCUGUCCAUGAUCCCGGUCUACUGGGACAGCCAGACGCCCCGGUACUCGAUUGGGUUUCUGGCCGAGAAAACCUGGUAA